AUGACUUACAAGGAGGUGACAUUAAUAACUCAACUCCACGGAACAUAUCGCUGUGCCACCACUGUUCUUGUGCGUACGGUGCCGAGGAAGACAAUUUCUCAUGUAGUAUCUGCUAGGGCGUCAUUCAAGCAGCGCGGAGACAGCAGUUCCAGGGGCGGGAGUUGCGUUGAAAAGGGUGACACCCCCACUAAAGGGGUUGGAGCCAACGGAUCCCCUGCUUCUGUAUCGACCUUGUCAAGCGAAGGGCUUCGUUGCUCCUUGUGGUUGGCGCGGAGCGACGGAGAUAUUGAAAUUCGAUCCUCAGCUGUGCCGAAUAGUGUCUUGGAGCUUGUGCCCCACAAAGAGAGGACUGUAGUGACGUCACUGCUUCAAAUUUCUCACAAUUGUGUGGUUGCCGCUCUCUCAGACGGAGUACUUCGGGUGAUAGAUGCGGUUUCCCUGCAAGACCGCCAGAGCAUGCGUGCGCACAAGUCAGCCAUCACGUGUAUGCUGCCUGUGACCUUGACAAAGGUCCAACGUUCGCAAGAAGAGACCCAAUUCACUCGCAUUUCUGCCUUUGUAACCGCGUCCUCAGAUUUUACAAUUGCAACGUGGGAUAGCGUAACACUGGGGUGUCUUCGUCGAAUGAAGGGCCAUUCCUGCGGGGUCACGGCGUUGGCGGUAACUGUAAGUGGGGCAUUCCUGUUUAGUGGGGGUGAGGACGGUUCGCUGCGGAUGUGGUCUUUGGUAGAAGGCGUCCAGGUGGUUGGCAAGUCCACUAGCCAUAAGAGUACAAAAAAGGCGACAAAGCGGAAGGGGAUGGCCGUGUCUCUUUCCGAGCACCCACAGCAGGAUGUGAAGAAGAAUAAGGAGCUACUGUUGCCGCUUCAAAAGGGAAGAUAUCACGCUGUAGGACAAACAACAGAUGCUGAAGUUCAUCCCAUACACAGACUUCGUUCACUUUCUGCGCAAACCGCAACUCGAACAGCGGCUACACGAGCGGCCACCCCAUCCACUGGGCGUUUGUGGGUUACCCCAACUAGAAGGAAGGUAUCUGCUGCAGAUGUCGCUGUCUCACCCGCACGCCGUUCUUCCAUGCAGGCCACGGCAAGUACGCUGCGAAAUGCAAGGGCGUUGUGUGCCACUCCGAGGGCUUGCUCGGUGGGGACCAAUAGAAAGGCUUUGCGUACAAUGUCUGCGACUGCGGGAGAACGGAACCCUCGCAAGAGGUUAACAAAAACCAGUAAGUCGAAGCCGACCACCCCGCGUCCAGGUGUCGUGCCCUGUGUCAGUGAGGUGGAGGCCGUCAUGAGCGAAGCAGACGACAAUGACGACGACGACGACGACGACGAAAAAGGUGGGAGUGAUGAGGAUGACAAAUGCAAUGCAGAAGUUUUGGAGAGGGCCCGCCAAAUAUCACGUAUAGAAGAUGGGGAAGGAGCUUCAACAGCAAAAGAGUUGGGUUCCGGGGCAGUGGGCGAGGGUACAACGGCACGAAUGACAUCAAAAGCCAAGAAGAGUCGAAAACAUCGAGAAUUCAAUUUUGGUACAAUCUUGCAACAGUUGGUGGGAAAUACAGUGACGGAUCCUGUCAUUCAGCGCUUGCUUGACAAGCGACAUUCCAGUGGAGGGGGGGAUGAUGCCGUCUUGCUUUGGCCACUUAAGUAUGAACAUCUGCAGAGAAUUACAGGUCUAGCACUUGUACGGGACCGGAUUUUAGUGACCGCGUCUUGCGAUGGUGUGGCUAAGAUGUUUGCUUUACCCGCUGGGCGAAUGUUGUGUACCAUUCAUCGGAGUCGUGCAGCCUUGACAGGCCUUGUUGUGGAUGAACUGCAUUGCCGUCUCUGGAUUGGUAGCGCAGAUGGUUGCGUUGCCGUGUAUGAUGCGCUUCACCCAGAUGCGGGGCAAUUGCACGGCUGGCGAGAUCUUAUUACCCCACGUCCGCAAUUAGUGCCGUUAGUCUCACAUGUCUCACUGGGUCACCUGUACGUGUUUGCCAGGCACGCGGAUAAAAUUUCGUUAGGUCAAUCAAUUUCCACGCAUAAAGACAUGGGUAGUGGCCCGUCGCGGCUGCAUCCAUGGAAGGCUUCUCCCAUCAAGCAUUCUUCUUUACCCGCUGUGUCGUGUGGUAAUAAAGUCUCGAACUCGACCCUCUGGCCAACCCUGACGUGUGUUCGAUUGGAUGAUGAGUAUGGUGGGGUGACGCUGGAUGUGCCCUUGAUGCAGUCGUUAGAUGAGCAAUUUGAGAGUGCACGUAGUUUUUUCCUUGGAAACAGCUUGCGUGAAGGCGUGUUUCGCAGAAUUUUGCGUCGGUCCGUGACAGAGGAAGCUGAGGAGAUACCGGGUUACCUCAAAAAGGAGAAGGCGAAGGCGGCCUCCGCUCUGGAAGUGGCCUCCGCCAAAUUGCUGCUGCAACGUGCUUUCAGUCGAUGGCAGGUAUGGAGAGCCCGACGGGUGGCACGCUACCGACGGCUGCGUAUAAUUCGUUUUUUAGAAAGCCUUCAGCAGGAGCGAAUACUGGGCACGAUGUUCAGACGAUGGAAACUGUUGAGUUUGUCGACGAGGCGCUCCUUGCAUAAUCUGGACAUGGCCCACAUAGAAAAACGUCUACAAUGCGUUUCUUUUUUUGACUCUCGGGAUGAAACCCGUGACGUAGCGAAUAGUGUGCGGGGCCCAGCAAAUGCUCUUGGUGGGGCCGAGCAGAGACGUCUUUUGCAGCGCUACUUCUUCAACUGGCUUCGUUACAUGCGAGAGAUGCGGCGUAGUGUGGUUCAGAGGACAGCCUUCAAUAGACUAUUUUUGUAUUUUUGUGAUGUAACGUUUGGGGAUGGCUUCUUCGUCUGGAGACGAUUAGGGGCCGCAGCCGAGGUAAGGCUGCGCCGCCGCCGUGCCUUUUGCUUGUUGGAAAAAUAUAUGGCUCCCAAUCAAUACAAGUGGCGCAUCCAUUACCUGAGACGAUGGAUGCAGUAUGCUCAAAACCAAAAAGAGGGCCGACAUUCGCUAGUUCUUGUUGAGCCACUCUCUUCUGUAUUGGUGGAUGAAGGCGCGCUGCGAAUACGAUUCUAUCUCAAGUGGUAUCGGUAUGCCCUCUUUGAGGCAAGGCUACUGCGUCUUGAUGAGGAGCGGACGACAAUGCAGCGAGAGUGGAUUGCUGUACAAAAUGCGGUGGACAGCACGGCUUCAGUGGAAGAGCUUUGCCAAGAGAAGGAACACCUGGAGCUGGAGAUUGCGCAGCUGGCAUUUGAGCGAGAUGGGGUGGAGUGCCAUAAUUUGGCUUUGCGCACGGACAUAGAUUACCUGCAGGUGCAGAAGUCUUUGGAUUGCCUCCUUUCUGGUUAUCGCGAUUCCUUGGAGUCUCUUCACAGGCGAAGAGACUCGGGUUCGGUGUCACGGUGCAAAAUUUCUAGUAACACAAGUCGUGAUGGAAUACUGCCAUUCAUGGAUGAUGACGCCUUCGACGGUGAGUUGGCAACGCUGCGGCAGGUGGGAGCCGUGUUGAGGGCCCUCAAAGCCGCAGGCAUUCGGUGUGGGCGUCACAGGGCUCUUAUUAUGGCAUCGUAUGAGCGGGCGGUACAACUUCCCAUAUUUGAAUACCUCUUGGAGACUCCUGACUACAACAGCUCCAACAUGUCCGUGUGCUCCACUGGGGGAGAAUCCUCUGUAGUGCGAACUGCCUCUACAGCGCCGGCUGCGGAGGGAAGGUUGUUAACCGAUCCACGACGGGGUUCCGCAGCUUACGCAAACGCACCGCUUUCACUGGCGGGGGAGUUUGAUCGGACCGUGCAGCGGCUUCGGACGAUUAUUGUGAGUGCAGCAAGAUUGACAGGCAUUGACCUCAGCGCGCCCUUCGACCAUGACUCGCUCCUUUCCGUACCGGAGGGCAAUCCAGGACGUGAUGAAGAACCCACGGACUCCGCAUAUUGCACCUCACUGUGCUGGCUAAAAUUUGUUCCACCUACCACACGAACAGAGGCGCUUCCGCUAAUUCUUGAUCUUGUCGCCAUGUUUGACUCCUUUAAGGCCCACAGCGACGCCGAGGUCGAAGGUGCCGGAAGGAAAUUAUCUACACGAGGGGCGCCAAAGGUAAUGCCACUUGCAUUGAGAAGUCUUUGCAAGCCAAAGAACGCCGUCUGGCUUGUGCGUCACGCGGCCGUUCUUUUAGAACUGAUGUUUUCUGGUUUUUGGCAACGACAUUUACAGCUGCAAGCAUUGGCGACGGAGGUGGCGAAGGCUCGGAUGACCAAGAGUGACAAUGGGGCGGUGGAACCCUCAUCUGCAAGGUCAGCAGAGAUAGCGAACACAUCAGAGAAUUUGCGACGGACAAAACCGAGUGGUACGGGCACCACGAGGCCCUGUGAAGGAAAACCAAGAAAAACAUUCAAACAGCCGUUUCCAAACGUGUUCACUGACGAACUUAAAAUUCCGAAGGAACGGCCUCGCUCGAUGUCAUGGACUGCAACAGAGACAGGAAGAACAAACUCAAAAAUGUUGUUAUCAUCAUGUGGUCGUGGCACAGCUCAACGGAAAUUUUUCAUUUACACCGAGGGCUCUUUAACCCCGCGGCCGCAAAAACAUUCUCCUUUCAACGAGGACGACGAUGAGGGACCGCGCACUUAUCUGCCUAUUCCAUUGCCAUCUUCCCACUUGGGUAGGUCAACGCCAAUAAAAGCUGCCUAUGGGUUUCCCACGACACGCCCUUAUCUGGGAUUUCGCGUCGCUGUGGGUCGCGAUGAUACGCAGCACACUACCUUGACCGUGAGCGAAGUCGCUGAAAGCUACAUUUGCGCGACCGAUGGAACUACACGUCAAGGACCUGCCUUUGCCUCCGGUUUACGCGCUGGAGAUCAGUUACUGCGCUUUGCUGGUUACGCAGUGACAGAGCUUGCCGCCUUCAAUGUUGUCGUUGCACGUCAUGUGCGUCCGUGGGCACGAAUUCCAGUGCAUUUCUUAAGAGACAGCCAAAUCAUGACAGCAACCAUCGUCGUUGGAGAAAAAGCCCGAAAUGGGUAA